UGAAUUAAACUCCCUCUCUCUCAUCAUCUCUUUUCUUCAUCGAAGAACCCUUCUUCUUCUUCGUCCUCGUCGCCAUCAAAAUUACAGAAAACCCUAGUUUUUCCUCUCAAAUGUUACAAACCCUAGAAACAACGCCUUAGUUCCUUCCCAUCCUUUCUUUUUAAUUCAAUAACCUUCAACAAUGGCAGGAGGAGUUACCUCAAGAGAACAGACACUUUCUUUACUCUCCGCUGUAAAAAACCAUGGAGAUUUAGCUGUUAAAUUGUCUUCUUUAAGACAAGCCAAAGAUAUUCUAUUGUCUGUGGAACCUUCUUCGUUGGUUGUUGAGCUUUUUCCUUAUAUUGUUGAACUUCAGGGUUCUAAUGAAGUUUUGGUUCGGAAAAUUUUAUUAGAGUUGAUGGAAGAGCUUGGGUUGAAGGUGAUGUAUCAGUCAUCUGUAUUCAUGCCCGUUUUUUUGACGUAUUUGAAAGACGAUGCUUCAUCUGUUGUACGGCAGUCUAUCGUUAGUGGUACAAACUUCUUUUGCAGCGUUCUGGAAGAGAUGGCAUUACAGUAUCAUCAAUCUGGUAAGGUGGAGAGAUGGCUUGAAGAGCUGUGGAGUUGGAUGGUGAAGUUCAAGGAUGCCGUCUGUGGAAUUGCUUUGGAGUCUGGUCCUGUCGGAACAAAGUUGCUUGCGAUAAAGUUUUUGGAAAUGUAUGUUCUUCUUUUCACGUCUGAUGCCGAAGAUGAUGAAACAUCCUCUAAAGAAGUGAAGGGUCAAAAUUUUAAUAUCUCAUGGGUGGUUGGAGGUCAUCCAAUACUGGAUCCAGAUUUGCUCACUUUGGAAGCGAACAGGAGUCUUGGAUAUUUACUGGAUAUGCUGCGCUCAGCAAAGACACUUCCUGGUUGUGUGACAAUUACUGUGAUCAAUUGUCUCGCUGCUAUAGCAAGGAAACGGCCAAUGCAUUACACUGAUAUUCUUUCAGCAUUAAUUGGGUUUGAUCCACAUUUCGAGACACCUGGGAGUCAUACUGCAAGUAUCCAGUACUCUUUUAGGACUGCCUUUCUGGGUUUCUUAAGGUGUACCCACCCCUGCAUUGUAGAGUCGCGGGAUAGACUGGUUAGGGCUUUGCGGGCAAUGAAUGCAGGGGAUGCUGCUGAUCAAGUUAUUAGGAAAAUCGAUAAAAUAAUAAAGAAUACUGAACGUGCGUCACGGGAUGCUCGAUUUAACAAGGAGGAUCAAUCAUCAAACCAUUUCUUAUCUGUUGCUGAAUUGAAUAAGAAAAGGUCCAUGCUUCCAGAUGUGGACGGUGCAGUCAAUACUGAUGAGCUGCCUGCAAAAAGGACUCGCUAUCUUCCUGUGGGAAAUGCACCCUUACCAGUUCAAAACAGUUCUGGGCAUGAUGGAAUUACUUCUAAUGGAGUAUCUACUAAGGUACCAUUAAUGCAAAAUGAGUUGACUCCUGUUGAACAAAUGAUUGCCAUGAUUGCUGCCCUGUUGGCAGAAGGAGAAAGAGGGGCCAAAUCACUUGAAAUUCUCAUCUCGCAAAUCCAGCCUGACUUGAUGGCUGACAUUGUUAUAGCUAAUAUGAGACACUUGCCUAAGAACUCACCACCAUUAUCAAGUAUAUUAGGGAACAUGCCAGUGCCUUCACCGCCAGGUCCAAUUACAACCGCUCAAGUUGCAGUACCAAAUGUUCCAACUACUACUUCUCAGCAGUCUACUCUCUUCCAAUCACAAGCUGUAACUCAUUUUUCUUCCACAAAAGCAGUAGGUGCACCAUCUGCUGAUUUGAGCUCGGCUUCCACUCUUCCUGCAGAUCUUAAACGUGAUCCAAGAAGGGAUCCUCGUCGCCUAGAUCCGCGGCGUCCACCAGCACCUGCAGCAGCCGUGCAACCGCUGCCUGUGAAGGAGGAGAUCACCGAUUCACGGUUUGCUUUUGAUGCUUCAGUCUCUAUGGGUAGUCCUGUCACAGUUCAGGUGGUCCCAAAGGCAGAAAAUGCUAUAGAGCCUUUGGUGUCUAAAAGUGAUACGGAGUUCUUUCAAAGUUCCAUGACACACUUAGAUGACCAACAUACUUUUAAAGAAGAAAUCGGGCCUGUAGACGAAGAAGGUCUCACUAUUGAUCCAUCUGCAGAGGUUAAUAAUACAACUUCAGAUGUUCCACCUUCUGACAUCAUCAUGGAUCUGGAACCUGUAUUAUCUCCAGAACAACCAGAUUUCUCUGUAGUGGAACCAGAGUUGCAGGAUUCUAAUAUGAUGGAUUUUGGUCAGAAUUCUCCAGGCACAUCUGCACCUGAAGAGACAUUUCGUGAGUUACCACCUGUCCCAUCAUAUAUUGAGUUGACAGGAGAAGAGCAGAACCGCUUGAGUAACUUGGCAGUUGGGCGUCUUAUUGAAUCAAGCAGACAGAUACAUGCAACAGGCUGUAGUCGGACAUGCAUGGAAUUACUUGCACGCUUAGUUUUGCAGACUGCUGCUGAUCAAGAUAUUAUUUCAAUGGUGCAAAAGCAUAUAGUUUCGGAUUAUGAGCACCAGAAGGGACAUGAGCUUGCAAUGCAUGUACUCUAUCACCUGCGCAGUGUGGUGAUCUCCUGCGAAGAUGAAUUCUCAUCAUUUGCUGAGAGUGUAUACGAGAAGUUUCUUCUGGCAGUUGCCAAAUCUCUGCGAGAUACUUUGCCGGCUUCAGAUAAGUCAUUCAGCAGAUUUCUUGGUGAAGUUCCUCUUUUGCCUGAUUCUGCAUUGAAGCUGCUGGAAGACCUUUGUUGUUCAGAGGGGUUUGACAACCUCGGGAAAGAUGUUCGUGAUGGUGACCGUGUCACUCAGGGCCUUGGUGCUGUAUGGAGCUUGAUAUUGGGCCGUCCACUUAACAGGGAUGCUUGCUUGACUAUAGCUUUCAACUGCUCUGUUCAUCCGCAAGAAGAUGUACGUGCAAAGGCUAUCCGUCUGGUUGCAAACAAACUCUAUCGGCUUAGCUACGCAUCAGAAAAAGUUGAAGAGUUUGCAACAAAUAUGCUGUUGUCAGUUAUUGAUCAACGGAUUCCAGAUACAGAGUCCUCACAAGUUGGUGUCACUGAAUCGAACCCCGAUGAAAAUGUUGGAGUUCAGGAAACGUCUACUAGUGGUUCUCAAAAUUCAGAUCCUGGAGUUGUUCCUAGGAGUGAGCUUGCGAAAGAUCUCCACCCAGCUCUACAGACUGUUUCUAACGUAUCACUGUCUCAAGCCCAGCGGUGCAUGUCAUUAUUUUUUGCUCUAUGCACAAAGAAACCCAGUCUUCUGCAACUUGUGUUUGAUGUUUAUGGGCGGGCUCCGAAGACUGUUAAGCAGGCUGUCCAUCGGCAUAUCCCGAAUCUUGUGAGGAAUCUUGGAUCAUCAUUUUCUGAAUUUUUGCGAAUAAUUUCUGAUCCUCCCCAAGGAAGCAAAAAUUUUUUGAUGCUGGUGUUACAAGUACUGACUGAAGAAACUACUCCUUCUGCUGACCUGAUUGCCACUGUUAAGCAUCUGUAUCAAACAAAGCUAAAGGAUGCUGCGAUUCUUAUACCGAUGUUGUCUUCACUUCCCAAAGACGAGGUGUUGCCUAUCUUCCCCCAGCUUGUUGGUCUUCCCUUGGAAAAGUUCCAGGCAGCACUGGCUCGUAUUCUUCAGGGGUCAGCACAUACUGGUCCAGCUUUAACACCAGCAGAAGUGUUGGUUGCCAUCCAUGGGAUUCACCCGGAAAGAGACGGAGUCGCACUUAAGAAGAUAACAGAUGCUUGCACAGCUUGUUUUGAGCAGCGAACGGUCUUUACACAGCAGGUGUUAGCCAAGGCCUUGAACCAGCUGGUUGACCAGACACCUCUUCCUUUGCUAUUCAUGAGAACAGUCAUUCAAGCUAUUGAUGCCUUUCCAACUCUGGUUGAUUUUAUGAUGGAGAUACUCACCAAACUCGUCAACAAACAGAUUUGGAAGAUGCCUAAGUUGUGGGUAGGAUUCUUAAAAUGUGCAUCUCAAACCCAGCCGCAUUCUUUCGGCGUGUUAUUGCAGUUACCUCCACCGCAGCUUGAGAGUACGCUAAAUAGGCAUGCAAACCUCAGAGCUGGUCUUGCUUCUCAUGCCAACCAACCUAGUAUAAGAUCCACACUGCCAAGAUCAACUUUGGCCGUCUUGGGUCUCGCUAAUGAGCCACCACCACCACAUGCACAAAGAUCGUAUCACCCACCUGUGCUACACUCAGAAACAGGUUCUUCAGUUCAGGGGGCUACACUAACUUAACACAUUCAUAGUCAUCCGAAGACCAUAAAUUCUCGGCAGAAAACACGUACAGAACACAUACUUGAAAUGCCAAGCAAAAUGGUUGGUGACCAUCCACCUCAACUUAACAGACUGCCAAUGUACCAGCGAACCACUGCUCGGGGAAAUUUACUGGCAGAAGAGUUGCUGCGUAAUGCAUUGGCUCCAAGACAAGCCACGGCAGCAAAUAAUCUUUUGAAGAGAGCGGACAGUCGACCAUCUAUGAUCAACUCGUCUGAAGGUUCUGGGUCCUUGAAAUAGUUGCAAUUCAAAAAUGUACCAUAGUAACCAUUAGCCUGCAGCUUCUAAUUUUUCAAAAUUUUCUUACAUGUUCUUCGGCCUCAUCCGUAUGGGCUGUGUUAUUAUAAGAGCAUGUAUAUGAAAUCAGGCUUGUAACAUCAUGUACAAUGCUUCUGUCUGUGGUUAUUGGGAAUUCUUUGCCUCCCUAAUUGAACCCGGAAAGGCUCGAUUGUUAAAUUUUUGUUGAAUUGGAGGAACAUGCGAGGACAGUCCCUGUUUUCUCCCAAUCCCCAAAAUAAAAAAUACCAUUAACCUUA